AUGGCUUCUACCAACGUUCAAAAACUUACAUGUCCCGAUGGUUCUUGCACUCUCACUGUUUUAUGUGAUCCCAAUAGCAAGUGUCACGAAGAAGGAUGUAGAGCUGCCAUCACUUGCGGAGAUUACAGUUCGUCUAUAGGAGAUAAACAUCGUGGAUGCUGCGACGUAUUGUUAUCUUGUGAUAAGAAUGCUUCCAAAUGCGGUACCAAAAUAUCUUGCGGUAACUGCAAAGUCAAUAUAUCCUGCGGUAAAAAUGGAAAAAGAUGCGAAAAAUGUGACGUAGUCGUCAAUUGCAAGAAAAACGACGAGUGUGAAGUAGAAAUAAAUUGCGGAAAAGAAGGCAACAAAGAGUGCAAUGUCAAAGUCUCUUGUAAGAAGAAGGAGGACGGAAGCUGUGAUUGUAAUAUUAACGCUUCGUGUGGAAAGGAUUGCGAAUGCUGCGAUAUUAAAAUGUCCUGUGAAGGUGGAGAAAAGAGUUGCUGUCAUUAA